ACCGAUUUAAAAAAAAACAACUAAACCGAUGGCAUCUCCCAACCCCACUUUGCGCAAAUCGCGCGCUUUUGUUCGAUGACAAUUGACUUGAACGGUUCGUCGAGAUGGGCGUGUUUUUCACACAAGAUUUUUAAAUCAUUUUGUCUUUCGAUCGUUUUCAAGUGUUCCUUGUACGCCUGCUCCCGUUCAACUUUUAGGGUCAUCAUUGUUUCUUUUCUUUGUUCGGCCAUCUUGUAUUGGGUCAUUUUCUCCUCUUCGAUUCUAAAGAUCGACUCCGCCACCGCCUCCUUCCCUUUGCUUGACGAAUCACCACCUCGUCUGCGUCGUGGCCUUGUGGGUGUAUCUUCCUCAACGGGCUCGUCAAGGGGUUCGUCUAGAGGCUCGUCGUUUAAGUUCAUUUAGGGCAAGUUAUCCGACGCGGAAGUCGUGUAGUUCCCCGAAUCGGAUGUCUUUGAUCUUUUCGAACCGCCUCGAUCUUUUCGAACCGCCUCGAUUUUUUGGAGCAGUAGUCGUUCCACGACAAGGGAUUUUGGAUGGGAAAAGGUGACGGGGACGCGUUAUUCGGUAACUCAUCAAGAGUCGAAUCGAAACGAGACCACCAGUGGUUUACCGACGCAACCGAAACCGAAUUAUUCCCUAGCAAACGCCAAGCCAUAGAAUCUCCAAAUAGCAAAUCGAUUUCUGGAAUUCCGACCUGUCAUCUAUCGUGGGACAACGUUUCCGCUCUCCAGUCACCUCCAAAUCAGUUUAUCGACCGAUUGUUAGGCUCUCCCGUUAGAAUGGAUAACGGGCCAGUGAAUAAAAAGAUAGCCCAUGAUCAAAUCGGGAACGCGUCGUUAGUUGGUUUAUCAAUGUCUUACUCUGUCGAAGAUCCGGAGAUUAACGUGAACUAUGGCGGGAUUAGAAAAGUGAAAGUUAACCAGGUUAAAGAGGCCGAUAAUACUGUCAGUGCAUCGAACGAGACCAAUUUCAUAACAAUCGGGCCCAACUACGGAAAUGAAGAUGCUAAUGUGACUUUAAUGGGUCAUUCGUAUAGCGGGUUCGACCCUGCUCAUCGAUCAAUGGGUCCCGCAUCAAGCAAAGACGAAGAAACUUCCAUAUCGAUUUCGAAUUCGAUAUCUUUCGGAGGUUUUCAGGACGAAUCCGAGAUUGAAACGUUGACGAGGCCGACGAAUAGUUAUUAUGGGUUAACGUUUGAUCAAUCUACGAUUAAUACGUUGCAGUCUUCGGGGAAUAAGGAGUUGGAUGCGUCUAAUGCGAUUGCGGUUGGAAAUACAAAUCAAGGGGUCAAAUCGAAGGGUAAAUUGGAACCGAAAGCGGUUAAAAAGGAAGCCCCUAAUAGCUUCCCUUCGAAUGUUAGAAGUUUGAUGGCUACCGGUAUAUUAGAUGGAGUUCCCGUCAAAUAUGUUUCGAUAUCAAGGGAGGAGCUCAGAGGAAUCAUAAAAGGUUCUGGCUACAUGUGUGGCUGUCAAUCAUGUAAUCAUACUAAGGCACUGAAUGCUUACGAGUUUGAACGUCACGCUGGUUGCAAAACAAAGCACCCAAACAAUCACAUAUAUUUUGAGAGCGGGAAAACAAUAUAUCAAAUAGUACAGGAGUUGAGAAGCACACCCGAGAUUUUAUUGUUUGAUGCGAUCCAAACCAUAACUGGUUCCCCGAUCAAUCAAAAAGCAUUUCGUAGCUGGAAAGAGUCUUUUCAAGCGGCUACUCGUGAACUUCAACGGAUUUAUGGGAAGGAUGAAUUGAAUAUAUAGUUGUAGUUGGUAUCUUAGGCUUCCGGGGCGCAUGCAAAAACAAUUUUUAAGUAAAAAACCGCGAGAACAUUAUAAGCAUUUGUAAAUACUACUUGCCAUAUGUUGUAAUGUGAGAGAAACAUAAGUGUUUCAAAAUUGUUAUAAUGGUGCUUGUGGAUGAUUUUGGUGAUGAACUUUGACAAAUAUAUGUACAUAAGUCUGUGUAUAGAAUCUAUUUUCUCUCUAUAAGA